AUGAGGCGUCAGCACUAUAAUCAGAAGCAUCAGUGUAUCACCGCAUCAGUGGUGGACGCAGAAUGUGAUGCGUUUCCAUCGUACAUCCGCGUCCUGCCAGAGAAUCUCUCUCGCCAUCUAUUAGAGAAGCAUCGCUUACAGGCCAGUAAGCGAGGACGAAUUGCAUCCUCUAGUGAAUUAGACUCGGUCGCCACCUCCAAUGCUGGUGCGGUACAGCUACCUGAUGGGAGAGAGGAGAUUCAUGGGCUGCCGACCGUGUUUGGUCGCCUGCUCAAAGAACUCGGUCCUAGCUAUUACCUCCCUAGGGUGCAGGACGAGCCGUCUUUAUUCCUGAUCUGUGAGAGUAUCGGACAGGUUCUAGAGAAAACGAUGACCGUCCUCGUGCAUGACCAGAACGUAGAGGCCCGAUACCUCAGCCGGCGCAAGGCACGACUCGUCAAUACCUUUACGCGGAGGGAGACCUCCCAAGAUCCCAUCACUGAACUACAGAACCAGCAGUCUCGUCGGAAAUAUAUCGACACUUGGCAGAGGCUGAUCUGCUAUUGGGACCGCCUCGAAGCAUGGUGCGAGGUAACUGAGGCCGCGAGCGAACUCACCAGUCGAACAGAUCCCGAUAGCGACGAGGUGAACACCGAGGCUUUCCAUGACCGGCUCGAUCGGGCUGUUCUCGAGUUCAGCCAGGCUAUUAUCCAACACUCUGUGCGCCAUUGCAAGUUUGAUUCCGUCUUUAUGUCGUAUGCUGCCGUGCGGUUCUGGAGCCAUAAGCAAGGUGCACGGAUGCUCAUGGUGGUACUUGCCCAAGUGGUAGCGGAGGCCGAGGAUGACCGGGACACGGACACUGGUGCUAUGAUCGUCGAUAUUCGGGAUCAGUGGUUGUUGAAUGACACGGAAGGUCCCGUGGUUGAAUUGCAGGAGAACCGGCUACCCGGCUUCCGGAUUGGCGAGACCGGAGUUCCCCCAGCACAGCUCCGCUGGCAUGCGGAUGGAGAGACACUGUUAAUCCCGCGCAUGAAUCACGUGAUUGCACACCAAGAAGUCCCGCAUGGCGCGUCUUGUCUUCUGGCACAUUUAACACCUUUGCAUUCGGGGCAAUCCUCGACUCCGCUCCGUGUCAUGAGCGACCAAGAUGCCGAUCUACACAUCGCGUUUGACCCGGGCACAACCACCUGGACUGUGUGUUGGAAGUGGUCCUGUAGCCUGACGGUUCACACUCUCAAGUUUAGCUCAACCUACUCGGAAAAGGAUAAUGAGGAACUCGACGCCACGGUGGGCCGGUCACAGAGCAACUGGCAUUAUGGUCUUGAUGUAAGAUAUCUGGAUGUCCAGAAGUUUGAAAACAUCAAGCUCGGGAUUCUGGGCCAAGAACCCUACACGAGUGAAUUGAAGCAAUCGUUUCAGGCCACGGCUCGGGCCUAUGGGGCGGCGGAGACGCCCGCCACUCUCUUUGAAAAUCUAUUCAAACACAUUCUCGCGACGCUAGCAGAACGGUACUUAGAGGUACCGGAGAGUGAGGGCUUGAUUCGUGGUCGGCGCUUCCAAGAUAUUCGGAAGCACUGCUGGGUUACUUACCCGGUCCGUCACAAUAACUCAUUACGAAUCAUUCUCUUCGAGGCGGCGCUCGCCGCGGGAUUCAAUCGUGUGGAGGGGGUCUCCGAGUCCAUGGCGGCUGCCCACUUCGUGGCCUUGCACACUAAAGGCCAACUCUUUACUGUCGACAAGACAGCCCUAAUCGGUGAUUGUGGAGGCGGAAGCACGGACUUUGUGGGUGUGCGCCGGGAACUGGAGGGAUGGAUUCGACAGGCGUGGCUCAGCCAGGGUGGACUGAUGGUCAAUCGUGCCUUCCAAGAGUGGCUAUACGAUACUUUCUCUGAUAAAGAUCUUCUGACAGCGCCUCGCUCUUGGCCCACGAUCUCAUUCGAGUUCGAAGGCUGUAAACGGGUGUUCAAUGGGGUGGACCCUGUCCACUUGGACGUAUUUGGCGAAAGAAUUCAGAUCAGCGUUGAAACCAUGACUGGUUUUUUCCAGGACCUGAUAGAGGGUAUUCUGAGGGUGUUCUGGGACCAAUACACUGCCGCUCAAGAUCAGGGCCACGCGGCCGACUUCUUCUUCCUCUGCGGCGGACCAGCCCGAAAUAAGUGGUUUGCCAAGAGUAUCUUCGACGAGAUACAGAAACGGGAGCCUAAUAUAAUGUGUGCUGCGGAAACGCACGUGGGCACCGUAGCCCAAGGGGCGCUUUCGUUUGCGCAUAACCCGAUCCGAGAAACUAGCGUUGCCGGUGAGGACGUUGGCCUGACGUUUUUGAUGGACCGAUCCGUGUCGGGCGUCGAGUUAAGCGGAGAUCGCGUGGAAGAGGCUAUAGGGUGGGUUAUCGAAAAGGGCCAACCGGCCGGUGACGGCAGUCGCGUCGAAUUGAUAAAAACGGUCUACCGUGACCGGCCCGGCCGACCCAACCGGGUCAUCUCGUCUGAUUUAUACACCACCAACGACCAAUUCAACCGAGCAAACAUGAGGUCGGAUCAUGAUGUCGAUUGGGAUUGUCGCAUCACCUAUCCGUUGGUUGGCGUUCACUCCCAUCUGGUAUACCUCGGCCGCAUCGAAGCCAACAUCCCGCAUGACGAAUUGUUCCCUGCGUCUACUACGCACCGCGAGAUCGAGGCGCGUUUUAUAUUUUCCAUUAAGCCUGAAGGACAGCUACUGAAGGUGGAAGUUUUGAUCCAGCGCGAGAAUGACUCGCUGCUGCUCACAAAAUCUUACGUGCCGGCGGCCAGCUGGAUACCUCAAUCUGAACUGGACUUGGAGCCUGGCCAUCACGAUGGCACGCUGGCCUUCUUCCCUCGUGCCAAGCGGCGACGUCGGGAUAAAAGGGGAAGACGUGUGCUUUCCACGAUGAACACCAACAUUCGCGAGGAUCCCCCCGUGGCGACCUGUCCUGCGAUUACACCUGCCUCACUGGUGGUCCCUUUCGUCGGAACUGAGAACGAAAUUCCGUCGGUCACUGUCGACCACCGUCCAGUCGAGAACGACAAUUCCGCAAAUGGUAUUUCCUUGCCGCCGGGUCGCAAAAUUGUCCGUCACAGCCUAGGACCUAGGAACAUGGCUUUUCUACUCUCGCCUCCCGAUUAG